UGGGGUUUCCUUCACUUGACAAGCCGCAAAACCUCAAAGCGGGUCCACGUUACCGUCCUCCGCUUUCCAAAUCUGCGUACUCCUCCUCUUUAUUACUAUCUCCACCAAUAUCGGUUUUAUCCACAAUCGUAAUCUCUAUCCGGGCUUUUCUUCGAACAGGACGAUGAUCAAGUUGUUCAAAGUAAAGGAAAGAGAACGUGCUGAACGAGCCAAUGGAGGACCACCUGUGAAAAAGCAAACUGCGGGAGAAUUGCGUCUUCAUAGGGAUAUUACUGAGCUGAACCUACCUAAUUCAUGCACCAUAUCUUUCCCCAAUGGCAAGGAUGACCUGAUGAACUUUGAGGUCUCAAUUCGGCCAGAUGAAGGAUAUUAUCUAGGGGGAACAUUUUUGUUCUCUUUCCAGGUUUCUCCUAUCUACCCACAUGAGGCUCCAAAAGUUAAGUGCAAGACCAAGGUUUACCAUCCAAAUAUUGAUUUGGAAGGGAACGUGUGCCUCAACAUCUUACGGGAAGAUUGGAAACCUGUUCUCAAUAUAAAUACUGUUAUCUAUGGAUUGUAUCAUCUUUUCACGGAACCAAAUCAUGAGGAUCCCCUUAAUCAUGAUGCUGCUGCAGUGUUGAGGGACACCCCAAAGACGUUUGAAGCGAAUGUGAGAAGAGCUAUGGCUGGAGGUUAUGUGGGGCAAACCUUUUUCCCCCGUUGUAUGUAGGUUUCGCAUGAUGGCACUAAGUGCCCAUUGACAUUUGUCGUCGUGCUGAGAUCAACAUUUGUCGUUUUGCUGAGAUGCCUGUAAAACUAAUCUGCAAAUUGCAUUCCAUCCUUUUUUUUUUAUUUAUUAUUUUCUGGUUGUUGGUCGGGGAAUAUAUUCCUAAGGACUAGGCAAAUGAAAGCCAAAUGACAGUACCUGUGCUUCUGUGGCUGCCCCUGUAUGCUGGCAUUUCAAUACUAUCUUUGUCAGUUCAGGAUAGACUGCACUGGACUCUCGGCAUUUGCUUACAGAAUGAUAUUCUCCCUGUAUGUGUGCAUGAA